GCCAACACAGCCUUACACAUGCUAUAAAACUGUAAUAUGUCGCCAAGCGUGUCUUGGGGCCCUAUGCCGGGCGGGCGAAACGUGAACGCCUUCAAUGUGUUUCGCAAGGACGAUGCCGUCGUCCGGGCCCUUCAGGGGUCCCAGGUGGCACUCCAUGAGUACCGUAUGGCUUAUGAUAACCUCUUGCAAGUAGCUACAGCGGACCGGGACGACUGGAGCAAGCAGAAAAUCGCCAUGGAGGACGAUUUGCGGGCGCUAGCCAUUAGGAACUCAGAAGCGGAGCGCCUCUUUAAGGAGCAACUUAAAUCACUUCAAGACUCACUGAAUCGGGCGGAGCAGGCUUACGCAGCGCUGGAUGCCGAGUCGCGUGAGAAGGAGGCGCAGAGCGAGGCCUCAAUUGCGGAGCUAAUGGAACGCGCUGCUGAGUUGCAAGACGAAAUCGACCAGAUACAGGCGGAGCGGCUGGCACUGCUGGAGCAGGUGGCAGGGCUGCAGGCCGACGCGGCGUUGAAGGACGCGGCGGUGGCGCGUGUGGCGGAGCUGGAGGGCGCCAUUGCGGCGCUGCGGGAGCGCGCAAAAUACCUGGUGGCGGACCUGCAGCGCGACAAGGACGCGGCGGAGUCUCGCAUUGUGGAGCUGGCAUCGGACCUGUCGAUCACGCAGCAGCAGCUGGCGGAGCAGGCGGCGGCGCGGGCGGCCAGUGAGGACGCGGCGCUGCGGCUGGCGCUGGAACGGCAGCGGCUGGCGGCGGCACUGGAGCUGGAGAGACUCAUCAACGAGCCGCUGCGGCACACGCACUACGCCACCACCACCACGCUGGCACACGUGAUGCGCUCCACCGCCGCGCCCACCGUGCAGCAGCGCUCGGGCGCGCCGGCACAGGUGCACACGGCCGCCUCUCCACAGUACUGGGCUGCUGGUACCAGUCCCGACUUGCUGACUGUAUCGCGGCCCGGCAGUGCGCCGCCGUCAGCCGCCAAGCUCACAGCAGGCGGCGUGACGGCUGGCGGCGGCGUGUCGCCGCGCCCCCAGCUGGACAGCGUGUCAAUUUCCCGACCGGACAUGUCAGCUGCCCUGACCGGCAAGGACCUCACUCGGCUGGGCCGCGCCUGGGGCACCACCACCACCACCGCCGGCCACCCGCACCCGGCCUACCCGGAGAACGUCAACUCCCACCUCACGCCGCCGCCGCCCGGCCCGCCGCGCCGCACCACCACCGCCGCCUCAGCGGCCGCCGCGGCCACCGCCACGGCUGCUGGCCUGACUACGGCUGCGCACGGAACCGCAGCCUCCCGCACCCGCGCGGCCGCCACUGGCGCAGUGCCCGCCUACUCGCCUUUCUACGGCAGCCUUGCGGCCUCUCGGCCCGCCGGCACCGCCUCAGGCUCUAGCGGCGGCGCCUUUGGCACCAACUACCCGGUCCCCACCGCGGUUCCCAUCACAGCUGCACCUCCGGCCUUGCACUACUCGUACGCGCCGCCGUCGGCCACUGCAGCUGCGGCGGCGUCCACUGCCGCCGCUGCCACAGCCGCAGCUGCCAGCAGCUCUGGCGGCAUCGUGCCGCGCUACCUGACAGACAUGCCGCGUUCGCCCGGCCCGCCCGACAACGCCUCGCUGUGGCUCACCACUGGCGCCUGGGCCUCGCCCACGGCAGGCAGGCCAGACUUCCUCGCGGCAGCCCUGGCGACGCCACCGGUGGGUGCGUCGCCGCUGCCAUCGCCAUCGCCAUUACGCGGCGCGAUGAUGUCACCGGCGGGUACCGCCUCGCCGGCAGCGGGCAGCGCCAGCCGCCGCGGCGCCAGUGCACGGACUCCGCCCGCGCCUGCCGCCGGCAGCCCGGCAGCCCGGACUACUAGAGCUGGCUCUGGUGCUGCGAGCAGGGGCGGCGUGAGUGGCGGUGGGGCCCCGGCAGCGCCGCACCCGAUAGUGGCGCUGCGCGCGGGGCGGCCGGCCAUGCGCUCGGCGAUCAAGGCAGAGCGCAGGGAAGGCUCGGGCGCGUCGACCCUGGUCUACGGCUAAUGCAGCAGCAUUGGACAUCCGAGUGGCGGGUGGCGGGUGGCAGGUGGCAGGUGGAGUGCGGCAGGCGAUUCCGCCGACUGGCGCAGCGGCGGGGUGGACAUAUGGGGCGGCGCUAGAUGCCGGCAGUGGAAAUGCCGAUGCGAAUCAGUGAUAGUUGCUGUGCCCGUACAUUAGGCGUGCAGCGGUGGAUUGCAGCAGGGGCAACGCGUGAGCGUGUUCGGUUUGUAGCAGCUGCAUGCAAUGCAACACCAACAAGUAAAGGGAGACUGAGGUGAUCAGGUAAGGGAGAUAGAUGCGCUGGCGGCAAACCGGCAGCACUGAUCCAUGUGUGCUGGGGUGCUGGGGUGCAACUCAUACGAACUACCGGAGCUGUGUACAAGGCGUGGAGACGUGCAGUGGCAGUGGUGUGGUGACGCCGUCAAGGGCACAAUUGCCGGCAGAGCAGCUCAGGUGUGUCCGAUGCUGGGAGCGGGAGCUGUGUUUGUUGCAACUCAAGCAGCUGCUGAAGUACAGGCACAACUUCUCUAUUACAAGGCAUGCGACAUACAUGUGUAUAUCAUGAGUGUACCUGUUGAACCUGGCAGUAGCGUUGGUCUCAGUCCUCGUCAGCCCCCUGGGGUCCAUACUUGAGCCAGUGCCCGAUCAAACUCAAGAUUCU